GCGCUUCCAGCGGCACUCGAGGGCGCUGAGCCCGUCCACAAGUCGGCGCGCACGGGGCGCGGUGGCAACGAGGCGCGCGGGUUUGCGUCUUCGGCACAGGAGGCAAAAGGAGCCAGCCAGCAGAAGAAAAAGGAUGCGAAGAUCGUGGAUCUCAGCGAGCUCGACGACGAGUUGAUGGACGUAAAGCAGAUGCAGAAGUUCUUCCCAGUCAUGAUGCGGCUGAUCCUCAACCUUGCGAUACGUCAGCGGCAGAUAGAAGCCAUCGAGCUGAAGACCUUCCUGAUGUCGUCGGGGAUGCAGGUGGCGGUGAAAGCCAGGGCCCGAGUCAAGGCCUGGGUCAAAGCAGCAGAGGACGCCAGGUCGUCCCUGCCCAAAGAGGAGGCGGAGAGGAAGAUCCAGGAGAUGGGCACGAUAUCGGUCGCCUGUUAUGCAGGAGCGUUCGAGGGUCUGGUGGCAGAGGGCAACGCGGCGGGCCGCACCAACCAGCAGCAGCUCGAGGAGUUGGCCAAGCAGCAGAACGCCGCCAAUGCUCAAGAGAUGGGCGAGGGCAAGGUCAAGCUAACGCUGAGCUUCACGUCGCGCCUCAACGCCCAGCCCGUGCUCGCGUCGUUAGUGCAGGCAGGCGCGGACUACGAGCAGGGAACCGCCCCUAUGGGGCACAUGGAGAGGCUGCUGCACACCGGCCAGCACGAGCUCGAGAACAUGACGCAGGAGUGA